UUCGCGUUAGCCAAGCGCAUCGAGUCUCUCUCUCCAAACCUCUUUCAAUUCUCUCUCUCUUUCUCUCUCUCUUUCUUUCUCUCUCUCUCUAUCCUCCGUUUCUCUCUCAUCGUCGCGCCUUGUUCGCACAAAAUCUCUGGAUUUCUCUUCUAUUUCCAGCGAUCGAUCUUAAUUACUAGAAGAACCCUUCCUUUUUCCCUUUCCUUCGCCGAUUAUUCCGAUUAAAGAGAAAUUAUUCGCCACCUAAGCCCUAAAAACGAAAAAGAGAAACACCACACUUGCCGUCUCUCUUUCUCUCCAUCGGUUAGUUUUUUCUUUCCUUUGUUGGAUUGGAUUGUACAGUGUUAGGAGGAAGAGGGAAAGAUCUGAGGGGCUUGAUCUAGGGUUUUUCGAUUUUGUCGUUGGUUUCUCUUUAGCACUCCAUGCCGAUUGUUCGAAUCUAGGGUUUUCAUUUUGUGCUGGUGUAGGGGAAAUUCGACCUCGAAUUGAUGUUUCUUUUCAGGGAGAAUUGUGGGAUCGAUGAAGAUGGAGGAAUAUUAUGCAUGGGUCCGGUUCUGAGGAGUGGAAACACAGCCGGCACAUGUGGCCCAACGCCACUGCUGUAGCCCCCGAUUCUUCACCGUCUCAAUUUAUAUGCAAAGAUGGACGCAAGAUUUAUGUUGGUGAUUGUGCACUUUUCAAGCCACCCCGGCAUUCCCCACCUUUUAUUGGAAUAAUUCGCAAGUUAAUAUUUAAUAAAGAAGAAAGUCCAACUUUAGAAGUUAAUUGGCUUUACCGACAUGCUGAUGUGAAGCUUACCAAGGGCGUAUUGGAAGCUGCCCCAAACGAAGUCUUCUACUCAUAUCACAAGAAUGAAAUAUCUGCUUCAUCAUUACUCCAUCCGUGUAAAGUCGCGUUCCUUCGUAAAGGUGUUGAACUUCCUUCAGGGAUAUCUGCGUUUGUCUGCAGGCGAGUGUAUGACACUGAGAACAACUGUAUAUGGUGGCUAACCGAUAAGGAAUACAUUAAUGCUGUUCCGGAAGAAGUUGACCGGUUAUUAGACAAGACAAAACUAGAAAUGCAUGGGGCAGCGCAGUCGGGAGGCCGUUCUCCAAAACCUUUGAAUGGUCCGACAUCAACACAAUCUUUGAAAUCUGGUUCUGAUAGUGUUCAAAAUAGUUCUUCCUUUGGUACACAGGUUAAAGGAAAAAAGAGAGAAAGGGGUGAUCAGGGUUCUGAUUUAUCUAAACGAGAGCGACUAUUUAAAGCAGAAGAUGGGGAUUUUGGCCCAGUUAGAUCUGAGAGCAUGUUGAGGAGUGAGAUCAGUAAAAUUACUGACAAAGGUGGGCUUGUAGACUUUGAAGGAGUUGAAAGACUUGUACAACUCAUGCAACCUGAUGGUGCUGAUAAAAAAAUAGAUUUGGGUGGAAGAAUAAUCCUUGUUAAUGCAAUAGCAGCAACCGAGCGUGAUGAUUGUCUUAGCUGGUUUGUACAGCUCAGGGGUUUACCUGUGCUGGAUGAAUGGCUCCAGGAGGUUCACAAGGGAAAAAAUGGUGAUAGUAAUACCCCUAAAGAAAGCGACAAAUCAGUUGAGGAAUUUUUGUUAGCCUUGCUUCGUGCAUUGGAUAGGCUUCCUGUGAACCUUCAUGCAUUGCAAACAUGCAAUGUUGGGAAGUCUGUUAAUCAUUUACGCACUCACAAAAAUUCUGAAAUUCAGAGGAAAGCUAGGAGUUUAGUAGAUACAUGGAAGAAACGUGUUGAGGCUGAAAUGAAUAUGACCGAUUCGAAAUCUGGUUCUACACGUCCUGUGUCUUGGCAAGCAAAACCGGCAGCUUCUGAGAUCUCUCAUGUUGGAAAUAAGAAAACUGGAGGAUCUGAGAAUGCUACAAAGGGAUCUGCAAUUCAAUCAUCAGUAUCCAAAAAUUCAUUGGCUAAGCAUGGUUCUGGGGAAGCAUUGUCCAAGUCUUCUUCAGCUCCUAGCUCAAUUAAAUUGAUGACUACCUCAAUGGGCUGUACCCCUAAAGAUCAGAAUGUGAAGGCAUUAGGUGGUGCCCCAGCAUCAGAUCAACCUCUGACACCUAUCAAGGAGGAAAGGAGCAGCAGUUCUAGUCAGUCCCAAAACAACAGCUUAUCUUGUUCUAGUGAACAUGCAAAAACAAUUGGGUCUUGUAGGGAAGAUUCUAGGAGCUCCACUGCUGUGUCAAUGAGUGCAAGCAAAAUACCUGGUGGUACAUCUCGAACUCGGAAGUCAAGCAAUGGAGUACAUGGGGCUGGUGUUGCACUUGCUCAGAAGGAGCCCACCUCGGUAAAAGGCUCUACUAGAAACUCACCUUCUGAAAAAGUUUCACCAACUCGAGUUUCCCACGAAAAAUCUUUUGAUCCGCCACUUACCGAUCAAGGGAAUAAUCAACGCCUUAUUCUCAGACUGCCAAAUACUGCCCGUAGUCCUUCAAGGGGAGCAAGCGGUGCUGCUUCUGAAGAACCUGCUAUUCCUUGUGGCAUAGCUUCGCCUCCUGCCGACAAGAAUGAGUCUCGGGAUAGAAGAGUUAAAGGUAAAAAUGAUGGUUUGCAUACCAUUGUUUCAUCAAAUGUGAUAACUGAUGCCUGUGCUUCUAAUGAAGGUUCAACUGGCUGUGAGCAUGGUAAGGGCUCUCCGAUAGCUGAUGAGCAGGGAAGGAUUAAUGAAGAUGGUGAUCAGGUACCAGAAACAUCGAAACAGAGUAAUCUGUCAUCAGGAUUUAUUUCCAGAUCAGGGCAGACAUAUGCUGCUUCUUUAAGCCCUAUGAAUGCAUUAGUUGAAAGUUGUGUCAAAUUCUCCGAAGCUAGUGCCUCUGUCUCUGCUGGUGAUGAUGGGAUGAACUUACUUGCUACCGUAGCUGCAGGCGAGAUAUCCACAUCUGGAAAUGUCUCUCCUCUGGCUUCACCUGAGAGGAAGUCUCCUGUGGUAGAUGAAUCCAGCUCUGGCAAUGUUUCCAAGUUAAAGCAUCCGGGUGAAAUAGCUGCUCACACUGUUACACAAUCUGAUAGAAGGGCAUCAGCAGAGCCUCUGUUGAAUGCUGUCGAUCCAGUGCAAUUUAAAAAUGAUUCAAGGCACCCUGUGACCACAAUAUCACGUGGUUCUGCUGGAGAAGAAGCAAAUUCAACCAGUUGUAAAGAGAAAACUGGUGAUAACGGGCCCCAAAUGAAUGUCUCUACUGCAGAUUUGUCACAAAAUGCUGAAUCUCCUCGCAUACGGCCAGAAAUUGCUGAGAGUGCUUCUGAAACUGUACCACCAGCUAAAAAGGAGACUCGGGAAGAGCCUGGAGGAGAGAACCAUUUUCAUGUGCAGAGGGAUUUUGGAAGUCAGUGGGUUAAACCCAGCAGUUCAGACUCUAAAAAGGAGAUGGUUGAUCACUUGGAUGAGGCAGUCGUGAAGAAUGAUGAAAUGCUAGUUUCCAAAGAGACCAUUGCAGGUGUAAAGAUUGAAAAGGAGUUAGGUGAAAAAUUACUCGAGUUAUCUUCAGAUGUAGGUAAGGAUAACAAGAUCAGUACAGAGGUUACUGGCGUAUCAGUGCAAAAAUCAUCUGUUGCAGAAAGCAGUGAGUCUGUAGAGUUUAAAAAGGUGGAUGUGACGCCGCCUUCUGCUUCUGGUAAUUCUUUGAUGGCAUCCAGGGAUGAAAAUGCAAAUGAGAUGAAGCUGGCUGCCACCAAUCCUGAUGAAAAACCGAUGGAUCUAGAAUCAACAGUUCCUGCUGAUGUUAGCGGGUGUGACAAAGAUAAUUCAGGUCUGAAGGAGAUUCUUGGUCAAUGUUCUGGAUCAUCAAAUCCCCCAGCGUUGUCCAAAGUUCCCGGGAAAGAAAAUGAAGUGUCUAAAACUUCUGUGUGCAACUUAGAUGGAAAGGAAUCUGAUGUUGCAGGUGAGCAGCAUGCCCACAGUAUUCAUCCAUCCCUCACUGUUGCUGGGUCUGAUGCAGGUGUAAUAUUAGACUUCGAUCUAAAUGAGGGCUUUGCUGUUGAUGAUGCUAGCCAUGGGGAGAUUGUUCGGCAGGAAGAACACACCACAUCAUCUGCGGUCCAUAAUCCUUGUGCAUUGCCUUUUCCCAUUUCAUCCAUCUCUGGGGGAUUCCAUACAACAAUUACAGUGGCAUCUGCUGUCAAGGGGCGAGUUGUUCUACCAGAAAACCCAUUGCGCAGUAAGGGUGAACUUGGAUGGAAAGGCUCUGCUGCAACAAGUGCCUUCCGGCCAGCUGAACCUAGGAAAAAUUCAGAGACACCGUCAACUACUGGAGAUAUUCCUUCUGUUGAUUCCACAUCUUCAAAACAAGGCCGUGCUCCUCUAGAUUUUGAUUUGAAUGUUGCUGAUGAAAGAAGUUUUGAGGAUGUAGGUUCCCAUGGUUCUUCAGAAUCUGGGCCACCUGAUCGCAGCACGAUGGGACUUGAUCUUGAUUUGAACAGAGUUGAUGAGACUCCCGAUGCUGUUUCUUACUCUAUGAGUAAACUGGAUGCUCCUACGUUGCCAAGUAAGCCUUCACUGUCUGGUAGGUUAUCUAAUGGUGGAAGUGUGUCAAGAGACUUCGAUUUGAAUAAUGGACCAGGCCUUGAUGAAGUUGGCACAGAGGUCCCAACUCGAAUUCAGCAGAUGAAAAAUAGUGCACCGAUUCCAUCUGCCAUCCAUGGUACAAGAGCCAACAAUGCUGAAUAUGGGAAUUAUUCAUCAUGGUUUCCCCCAGGAAAUUCUUAUUCUGCAAUUACUGUCCCUCCACUUCUUCCUGGUAGAGGUGAACAGAGUUAUGUUGCAGCUGCUGGAGCACAGCGGAUAAUGGGUCCCACUGGUAGUGCAGCGUUUGGUCCUGAACUCUACCGGGGGCCAGUGCUUUCAUCUGCUCCUGCUGUUGCUUACCAACCUACUGCAGCACCCUUUCCAUAUCCAGGAGGAUUUCCAUUUGAAACUAGUUUUCCAUUAUCUUCAAACUCCUUUUCUGUUGGUUCAGCAACAUUUAUUGAUUCAUCAACAGUUGGUGGACUUUGCUUUCCUACUAUGCCGUCGCAGCCAGUUGCACCUGGUGGUGUUGUCUCCUCAACAUAUCCGCGUCCAUAUGUCAUGAGUCUUCCUGGGGGUACAAGUAAUGUGAUUCCUGACACCCGAAAAUGGGGAAGUCAAAGUCUGGAUCUUAAUUCAGGCCCCGGUGGUACAGAUACAGACAGGAGAGAGGAACAUAUGAAGAUGUUUCAGGUGGCAGGUGUCUUGAAGAGAAAAGAACCUGAUGGUGGUUGGGAUGGAGCUGAUAGAUUCAGCUACAAACAGCCCUCAUGGCAGUAGGAUCAUGGCUCUUCAAAACUAAUAUAGAAGUGGAGCUUUUUGUGGAAAGUGCUGGAAAUAUUGAUGAUAAUGUUUGCAUGCCGAGUGUCAACUGUGUUGGGCCAUGAAGAAUGAGCAGAGAUGGUACCCUUGCUGCUGACACACUUGCCCGUCGUUAAAUGACUCUUAAAAGCAAUCAGUGCCUCUGAUGGCUGAUGCAGUUUGUCUUGUAUGAUUCUGCAUACAACAAGCCGUUCCCUUUCAGAUAAGAUGAAAGGAGGUUCGAUGUAUCAACUGGCCUGGGUUUUAGGCCAGUUUCAGAUCAUUUGUUUCCCAUCCUUUGCUUUCAACUUUGUUAAACACAUGGAAUGCGACAGCUGCUGUUUUGGAAAAACAAGGGGAGGAACCUGAGCUACACUGUUAUAGACCCCUUAGGCCCAUAGCAAAGGAAACUCUUAAAGGCUGUUCAAGAAAAUGAGGAAGUUCUCGGGAAAGGCUACAACCUUGUAUUGGUGGUUCAAAAGGAGGAUAAAUUCACAGCAGGGUGGAUAGGCAAUCUGGCGAAUGCUGCCUAGAAGAUUGUACAGCCUUGAAAGCGGCGAUAUGGGGGGAUCUUGAAAGGGCUGGAGUUAGUGAGGGAUGACUCGCAGGCUUCCUUCAAGGUCAUCAACAACAAUCACUCUGGGAGUGCUAGCAACAAAAGAAUUGGGGAGCUGUUCUUUGUUCAUCCGCUGUGCUCGCAAAGGAUGUGAGUUGGAUCAAGGAUUCCAUUUUUGAGAUGAUCCCCCCCAAAUGUAUCUUGUCUGUGGAUACAUGGGUUGCCUUGCCCCGCAGAGUAGUUGUGGUGUAGUUUCUGUCUGGGCUUCGGCCUUCUUGUAAACCAAAGAAAAAUAGGAUGCUCUACACUUUCUGCUUAUUGAUGAUAAUAUAGUUACAGGUUAGCAAUCAUGGCCAACGUGUCACCUCUCUCUUUCUCAAUGUUUUGUAGUGUGAUUCGAGUUCUUGUUAGUGGCUUAUUAACAAAAUCUUGUUGGCUAAACUCGUCCUUCUCAUGGCUCAUUUGAUUUAUUUUUAACAUUAAUUUGAUCAGAUAUCCUUGCAUUAAUGGUGCAAGUGCUUUG